AUGGCCGUCCGGAAAAGAAGACUUCUUCUCCUGGCGGUAGCAGCAUGCAUCGUGUUGGUCAUACGGUAUCUCCCUGGGACGGAGCUCUCUGGUCAGACACAUCUGGAGUCUAUCCUCUUCGGUGGAAGCACUGAUGGAGACAAACCACCGUCUCACGAGAACGAAGACGGAGCAGACCCUCCGCCGUCAAGAUCCUCCAAAGCCCCUGAGAAACAUCCUCCUUUGCAAGAAGAAAUAAAUCAUCAACAACAACAUCACCUUCUCAACCCCAUCCAUAAUUUCAUUCCCCUCCCGUCACCACCGGCCGGUGCAACCCUCCCACGCAUCCAACAUGACUUCAACCAACACGAAAGCGAGACGGCCAGGCGAACCCGACACGCUCGCCUCGACAGCAUCCGCUCAGCGAUGGUGCAUUCCUGGACCGGCUACCGCUCGAAAGCAUGGCUACACGACGAACUGGCACCCGUGACAGGAGGCUACCGCACGACAUUCAACGGAUGGGCAGCUACACUGAUCGACAGCCUCGACACGCUGUGGAUCAUGGGCCUGAAGGCUGACUUCGAAGAAGCCGUCGCGGCAGUGGCCGCCAUCGAUUUCGACACGCCGGCCCACCUGCCCAUCAACGUCUUCGAGACCACGAUCCGCUACCUCGGCGGCCUGCUGGGCGCCUACGACGUCAGUAAUGGGCAAUACCCAACUCUCCUCACCAAGGCUAAAGACGUCGGCGACAUGCUCUACAUGGCCUUCGACACGCCCAACCACAUGCCCGUCACGCGCUGGUCGAAGCUCGGAGUCGGAGUCGAGGUCGCGGCCGGAGACUCGUUGAUCGCCGAACUGGGUUCCUUGAGUCUCGAAUUCACCAGGCUCACGCAGUUGACGGGAGAUCCCAAAUUCUACGAUGCCGUCCAGCGCAUUACCGACUGUUUGGAAGGCCAGCAGAGCCAGACGAAGAUGCCGGGGUUGUUCCCGCACACUGUCAAUGCCAGAGAAUGCUAUUUUGGCGACGGUGUCACUUUUUCUAUUGGCGGCACGGCGGACUCGGUUUAUGAGUAUUUGCCGAAACAGUAUCAAUUACUGAAGGGCGCCACAGAGCAGUAUAAGACACUUUACGAAAAUGCGGUAGGAGCUAUCAAGCGAUUGAUUCUGUUUCGACCAAUGACUCCCCAAAAUGAGGAUCUUCUCAUGGCUGGGACGCUGAAAGCUUAUGGGAAUGGUCGCGUUGAGUUCCAGCCUCAGAUGCAGCAUCUUGCUUGUUUCGCUGGAGGCAUGUUCGCCUUGGGCGCGAAGCUGUUUCGCUUGUCAGACGACUUGGACAUCGCGCGAAAACUGGUCCGUGGCUGUCACUGGGCACUCAACCAGACGCCGACAGGUAUUAUGCCUGAAAUGUUUCAUGUCAUUCCUUGCCCGGAGGAUGACCGGCAGUGUACCUGGGACGAGAAGGCCUGGGAGCAAGAUAUGUUGCGGCGUAAUACCAAUGAUGAAACCCACGAGGACAAAUACUUGCCCGAACUGCAACGGCUGCGUCAGAAAGCAGAGCGUCUCCGUCUGCCCAAGGGCAUUUCCGCAAUCGCCAAUCGCGGCUACGAGCUGCGUCCGGAGGUGAUUGAAUCCAUUUUCGUCCUCUACCGCAUCACAGGCGAUGAAGAGCUGCGCGAAACCGCCUGGUCCAUGUUCGUGGCCGUCACGAAUCACACUCGGACAGAGUUUGGGUUCUCGUCCAUCGAGGACGUCACUCGGAAUGAUAGUCGGAAGGUCGACAAGAUGGAGAGUUUCUGGAUGGCCGAGACAUUGAAGUACUUUUGGCUGCUAUUCGAAGAGCCGGACGUGGUCAGCCUCGAUGACUUUGUGUUCAAUACCGAGGCGCACCCGUUCCGACUGUAG